CUAGCGUGGCUAAUUUCCAAACCGGAAUCGUUUGGGUUUUGAAACAUGGCGGAUGCCGAUAAGUUUCCAAACCUAAAAAUCUGCAUAGAUAACACAGAAUCGGAUGAUGAAAAUGCUGACAUCGUUUCUAUCCACGAAGAGGAAGACUUAGACGACGACAGAUACAACGCCAGUGAUGACAGCGAUGAUAAUGAGGUCGAAUUCAAUGUCCGUCUGGGAAACCUUGGCAGGAACGAGAAAAACAAAACUCGAGCACUCACAAAGGCACACACUAGGGUAUAUAAAAAUAAAGACGGGGAUUUCAUUACUGGUGUAGACGUCACAGACAAGACCGAGAAAAAGAAAAGACUUGAAAGAGCCAAGAGAUUUGGGGUCACUGAGAAGGAACAACAGGCACCUGCUAUCAAUCUGAAAAAAAUAUACAGAAGCUUGGGUUUGGAUGAGGACAAACCGGACAGUGAUGGACGUGGGAUUCGUCUCGAGGCCAUCCACAUGCGUGGUGUCAAUGACAUGAGCAGCAAGGAUGUGGUUGGUUACUUCAAGGAAUUCUCCCCUGGGGAAAUAGAGUGGAUUGAUGAUGCCUCAUGUAAUGUGGUUUGGCAGGAUGCGCUGACGACAGCACGUGCGAUGAUCAGCUGUAGUGUUAGCUUUGAGACUGCGACCAACAGCGUCGACUUACAGGGUGACUCUGCCAGCAGUGAGGACUCUCAUACAGAGUCAAUGGGUAAAAGAAACUCGAGGAAAAAGGUGAAAACAAAGACGAAGAAAUCAAGGAGAAGCAGUAGCAGCAGUUCAUCUUCAUCAUCAUCAUCAUCCUCUUCAUCCUCUUCAUCAUCCUCAAGUGAUGAAAAUGAUGGCAAAAAGAAGAAAUCAAAAACAAAAACAAAGACAAGAGACACAGAGCAGAGGAAGGAGGAGAACAUGGAGGAUGAAGAUGUGUUAGAUUUGAUGGACGACGGGGCUGUCGGUGUGAAAAAAGACAUCAGUGAAACAAAGGCCAGCAGUAGAGACAGUAAAAAGAAAGAAAACACAGUGGUUAAACAACAGAAAAGCUCAGUGAAAAAAUCUUCUCAGAGUACAAAGAAAAACAAAAAAAGGAGAGACUCUUCAUCAAGUUCUAGUAGUUCGUCGUCAUCAUCAUCUUCAUCAGGCUCUUCUGCAACGUCAUCAUCUGGCUCAUCAUCUUCAUCGUCCGGGAGCAGUUCUUCUAGUAGUUCAGAUGAGGAAAUGGAUGAAGAAAAGAAAAAAAAACUUGAGAAGAAAAAAAUGGAGAAAAAAGCCAGCAAGAAAGCAAAACUUCGACAACGUUUCCACGUUCAAAAAGAGUCUGAUAUAGCUUGGCCACCAGGUAGAUGGCGACUUGGCAAGGUCAUUCCAAAGACUAAGCAUAUAUUCCUACGGUACUCUACUAAAGCUGAUAAAAAAAUUAGAGGAGCCGAGAAAAGAAGUGAAUAUUACAAGAAGUUUGGAAACCCAAAUUAUGGAGGAAUGACAGGGCUGAUCAGUAAUUCCAGAAAGAGGAAGCUGCGUGUGAGCCAGCAGCGUGAGGAGACACAUGAGGUCAAGGCUGUUAUACAGGCCAAGCGUGCCACCAUUACCUACGACGACGUCAACAUCUUCGGGGAUUCUUCCAUUACUGCAAAUGUAGAUAUGGAUGAAAUUGAGGAGUUUGGUGCUGCCAAGGAAGUGAAGCCAGCCAUUUUGCCCGGCCUACCAGGCAAACUCUCCAUUCUGGACCAGCAUGAGAUGGAGGAGGGUGAAAUAGAGGAUAGUGAGCCUGAGGAGAUAGUGCGACCAGUUAUCCGUCAGAGGGAUGUCCGGCCCAGGGAGGAUCGCCGCAAGAUACAACAGCAGCAGGAUGAGGAGGAGGAGGAUGACGAUUUCCUGGACCUCUCAGCUGGUACAAAGCCAGAGGUGAAGGAGGUUGAUGAGGAGGCAGUAAUGAUGGAACAGGAGCUGGAUAUCCUCCUGGCCUCACCGCCACGGAAACGCAGUAUGAGGAUGUAUGCCGAUGACAUUGAGGAUGAGAGGAAUGCUAAAAGUAUGAAGAGGAGUGAUAUUGACUUAACAAUUUCUGCUGACCGUGAGACAGAGAGAAAGGUGGGUCUAUUGGAUGACGAUGAUGAUAGCCCCCCACCCUCGCGUGUGCGGGAUGCCCGGCAGAAAAUUCGUAGUGUAAGCAGAGCGUUAAGUGGAGCACACAUGGACGAGUCACCAACCGUAAGAAGUGGCAACGAUCUCCGCAGUAAACUUCAACGACGGAAAAAUGGAGGCGGAGACAAUUCAAAAUAUCAGCGUAUGAGGAUAGAAGUGUAUGAUUGAUAGAUAAUUGUUUUUACUUGUGAUGAAGGAGUGAAUGUGUAGGUAUAUGUGAUGCUUCAGUCACAGACACACAUUACAUACAUACAGAUGUAGAGUCAUUCACAUAGGUUUGAUGUUUGAAACAGUACAUGUCUAUGACAGAUAACAUCCUUUGAGGGACAAUUAUGCGAUAGUUUGUAAAGACAGAUCAAUGUUGUGACUGUAUUGACAUUUAUGUUGACUGAAAUCAAUUUAAGGGAUUUACAAUUCCAUUACAGCUGGUGAUUUGGUUAACAGAAGUUGAACAUCUCAUCAAUGUUUACUGUAUUGAUGUUAACGUUCACAGGUAUAGAUUUUCUCAAAUUUUCGUUCAUAACUUAUUUAUAAAAUUUCAAUUUUGCACAGGUUGAAUAAAAUAUUUUGUGUUUUUUCAAUUUUUAAUAUGGAACAUUACACUACUUUUUGUCGAAUGCACCAAAAGCCUACCUAAUUAUAGUUAUCUAAUGACUGAAGGUGUGAAAAACGUUGGUGUCAUACUCUAAAAUGAUACUGGCAAACAGCUGCUAUGUAUCACAAGAAAACAAUUGAGGCUUACCUGUUUUAUUCUCAGAUUAUAUAAUUCCUUAACAGUAGCAGAAAAAAUAAUAGGCCAAUGAUACUUAUGGCUUCAACGAUGCAUUUAGUAAAUACACAUUGUAGUACCAAUUCCAGAGAAAUGUACAAACAACAUAACCUCGCAAACAAAGAGUUCAUAUAUGUACUUGUUAAUAAAUAUAAAAUCUUGUAGAUGUCUGUAAAAUUGGAUGUAGAUAUGAUUGAUUUUAAUAAAGAUACUGGUUACA